AUGAUUUUUGUAUUCAAAUGCGGAUUGCUCCAACCAGUUUGGGCAGUUCCCUUACCACCCAAGGGAGUGUCCACUGAAUGGCAAGGCGCGCAUCCUGCUGACGGCGGGAUUGGCCCAUCGUCCAUCGGUCAAGCUGUGUGCGAAUCCCAUCCAAAAUGGCCAAUGUCCCAUGUUCGGAUUUCGCUUUUAUUACUGCCAACUCUUUUUGUUCGAUGGCCUCGACAAAGGGGUCAAUUCGAAAGGGCAACAGUUGAUGGUCAGGGCGCAUGA